CAUCAGUGGUGUUGAGCCUCCAGCAGCGUUUGGAUUGCACAGAGUUCGGUUCCAAGUUGGCCUAAUAUUUUUUUCUAUAUUUUUUUUGAGUUUCAUUAAAGGAUGCGUCACUUUGUGAUCCUUGUUUUCGUGUGCGGUCUGAUGAUCGCCUUUGCCUCAGCCGGUUUGCUGGGUGGAGGAGGCGGUGGCGGUGGCUACGGCGGUGGUGGCGGUAGCGGCGGCGGUGGCUACGGUGGUGGAGGCGGUCAGGGUGGCUGGCAGAAGGGCGGAGGAGGCGGUGGUGGCGGCCAGGGAGGCUACGGCGGCGGUAGCCAAGGUGGACAUGGAGGCGGUGGCCAGGGAGGCUGGCAGAAGAAUGGAGGAGGCGGUGGUGGCGGCCACGGAGGCGGUGGACAGGGAGGCUACGGCGGCGGUAGCCAAGGUGGCCAUGGACAAGGAGGCUACGGCGGCGGCCAAGGAGGUGGCCAUGGAGGCGGCAGCAAAUCCCUGGCCGGAAAUCGCGGCAGUUCCGUUUCCUGGCAGGGCGGAAACGGAGGCAACAACAAGCACGGAGGCGGCGGUGGCGGAGGAGGCGGUGGCCUUUAUGGAGGUGGUGGCGGCGGAGGUGGCAAGCAACACGGUGGUGGCUGGUAGAUACCUCGCCAAGAGCAGCUUACCCAUCACCCCCGACUGGUGCUGACCUGUGUUCCAUGGCAUAGAGAUAGAGACAACCCCCUGGAUCUUCCUGUUUUCUUCUAUCCAAGGCCCUUUCAAUUCUGAUAUUACUGUUUUUUGUACUAAUAAAACUAUUUUAUGCAUUUUGUAAA